UUGCAAGCCCAGAAAAUCGCCUAAUUAUCAUAGUCUGGCAACGGUGGAACAAAAAUAAAAUAAAUUGCAGGGAAUAAAUGCAGGAAAAUUAAGAUGUGCUAAAAACAAAAUUUUUACCAAAAAAUGGAGGAAAGCGUUUUAAAUAAUAGACAGACACAUGGUCCUGAUGUUAGUGAGUUACCUAAAAGUAGUACCGAUGGAGAAAGUGGGAGUGGCUCUAAUACAAGUGCAGAUUUAUUGCAAAAAAUACGUGAACUGGAGGAAGAAAAUCGAAAAAUGCAAUAUGGAUUCAAUAGCCAGAGGGCGAAGCUAAAAGAACUGUUUGUGCAAAAGGAACGUGAACUGGAGGAGAUGAAAUCCAAAAUGAUAGUAGCUGAAGUAAAAGCACAGGAAGAGAUAUCGUCUUUGCAACAGUUAGUGCAAGAAACAAUUGAAGAGUCCGCUAUUUGCAAGUCAGAAUUAGAGCACUUGAAAGAGGAAACAAUUCGUUAUCGACAAUUAAACGAAAGUUUGAUGCAGCAACAACAGACAAAUUCCAACAGUUCCCAAGAGUUAAGUAGUUUGGCACCACAAGUGUUGAGUCAGGUGAAAAAAACAAUAGUUAGAAAAUUUGGUGUAGACACAACCAAUUCAGUCUUAGGGACAAGUUUUGGCCAAGAAAAUCCUACAGAAGAAAGCAAAAAUAAAGGUGAUGGAAAAUAUACUCACGAGGAUUCGGAGGUGUUAGGCUCAAUUGUUACGCAGUUACAUGAAGAAAUGAAGGCUUUAAAAGAAAAACUUCGGGAGGCUGAUGAAAAACUUCGUGCCACACAAAGUGAAACGAAUUCCGAUACAAUAUCAAACUGUAAAAACUGCGCAAAAUUAGAGGAGAAAAUAGAAGAAUUAAAAACAAAUGCUGCUGAAAAACAGGAAGAAUUCGACAACUUGAAAAAACAAUUUGAUGAAUCUGUUAAAGAUUUGGAAAAGGAAGCAGCCCUAAGAGCUGGUCUAGAAAAUCAGUGGCAAGAAAAAAGAGAAGCUCAUAAGAACGAAGUCCAUAUUCUUAGGGAACAAGUUACCUCUAAUGAACAACAACUAUUAGAGUUACAGCAAAAAUUUUUAGAAACCAAAGAUGAAGUAAUGCGUCAAUUGCAACGCGUCAGCGACGACAGGGAAAAAGUCAACAAACACUUGGAAACUUUACAAGCUGACAAUGACUUUUUAUCUGGAAGGUAUUUAGCAACAGCAGAAGAAAUCGAAAAUCAAUACAUUAAUCUGCCAAAUACGAUUGAGGAAUUGCACGAAGUCAUUUUAAGGCAACAAAAUGAGUUGAUUCAAGCACGUUUGGGUUGUGAUUUCGAAAAAAAUCGAUGUGUAACAUCUUUGGAUGAAAUCCAAAUUUUGCGAGAUCAGUUGGAAGCCAGUAACAAUGAAAGGAUUCAAAACAAAAAGAAGUACCAAGCGGAAACAAAAUCUUUGCAAGAUCGGAUAACUCAACAUUUAGUAACAUUACAAAACUGCGAGUUAGCAAAAACAGCAUUAGAGCGAAAAGAAAGUGAAUUGAAUAGACAAAUAUCUGAAUUCAGGGUAGAAAUUAUAGAGCUACAAGAGCAAAAUGAAAAACUUAGUAGAAAUUAUGCAGAUGCUAAGGCUAAAAUAAAAAAUCUGCAGGACGAUUUAGUUACCAGUGAGCAAGUACAAAAAGAUUUCGUUCAAUUAUCACAAACUUUACAGGUGACAUUGGAACAACUGAGGCAUGCUGACUCUGAAGUACGCUGGCAAGAUGACGAUGACGUUGCCAAUUGUCCAACGUGUAAUAAUCAUUUUACAGUUACUGUACGUAAACUACACUGUCGUCAUUGCGGCCAUAUCUACUGUGACAAAUGUUUAACAAAAACUGUACUAUCUGGACCACGGCAGCGGCCAGCACGAGUCUGUGAUAUUUGCCAUACUUUGCUCACUCCCAAUAUAGCACCCUAUUUCAGCCAAGAGUCUGCCCAGCAAUCAUCAGUGUCCACUAAUAACUCUUAGAUUAAGAGCGAAUGAGCUAGAGAAAAACAAAUGUUUGUACAAGUACAUUCAUUAUAAAAUUUAUUAAAUUUUUUCUCAAUAAAAUUUCAUUUUAAAUUCUA